AUGACGGGCCAUGUGGUUGGUAUAUAUAACGACGGAUGUGUAUUCAAGUGGCACCCCUUAGAAGGCGACUAUCAAGAAUCAAAUCUGUCCGUUGGCAAGGUGGAGUGUAGCCCGGACGGGAAGUUCUUCGUGACAAGCAGCCGGGAUGGUACCCUGAGGAUUUGGGACUUCUUUCACUUCUCGCCAAUCUACCAGCUGUCGUACUCGGCUCCGGUGGCAAAUCUAGCUAUUGAUCCGAACGACACUAGGAUCUAUGACAUUCGAGAAUCCUUCUGCAGUGUGUGGAAGCCCAACGCCCUGGUGCGUAUGUGGGAGACGGAAGACAGAUCUAGCGAAACCAUGAGCAACCGGGAGAGCACUCUGACUUCUCAUGUCUCGGAGACCAGUUUCGAGACGCUCCAACCUAUCACUAUGCUUGCAGUGGAACCUGGUGGUCUAUCAUACGCAUCUGGUAACGAUGACGGCCUCGUGGUCCAUUUCACAAAGGGAGGAAAUGCCGUGUCCGAACUUUUCCAGACGUUUAUGGCCGUCGAUCACAUUUGCUGGAGUACUGAUGGCCGCUUCGUAGCAGCAGCGUCGAGCAUGGGGCGCAGACUGUUUGUGAAGCAGGUCAACCAUUCGGAUCCAACUGAGAAGCCAAAGCCAGUCAUGACGGGUAGGGAAGACGAUGCGAUCAGGCAAAUACUGCUGAGCUCGCUGGGAGACUUUCUCUUGGUCGCUACAGACCGCUUCAUAAACAUAUGGGCUACCCAUGAACAGCAAAUUAUCUCUACAAGACCACAAACGGCAUUGCACCGAUGGCUCAAUUCUCCAUACGAUGCCACCAGGGUGAUCGGAUUCUCUUUUCAGGGAGUCCAGAUAAUCGAUUGGCAAGAUGCAACAACAAUGAGACGAAUAGCCCUCGACCGGUCACUGGUGGAUGGGGCGGUUGCCCAGCCGGGUCAUGUAUGGAUGCACAGAAGACCCUCAUCACAAUACCCUAUGAGCCCCUCUGAGACUCAGGAGGUCGUCGACAAGAUAAUCUACACAGUCGACGGUACAAUGGCACUGGUGGCGACCUCACGCAGCACGCAUCAAGGCCGGUAUGAAAGGCAGCACAUGCUCAUCAACGUAACCAACUUAACAGGGAUGACACACUUGAUAACCAUACCGGCAAAUCCCUUCCCUUUGGAGCUGCAAACACAUAUGGCCAAGCCUCUCGGCUUCCUCGAGGUCGACAAUAUGGCCCGCGGGAGGUUAUCCGCUAAUAGAAUACCGUCAACAACUGUAACAAGGCCGACGACACAUCACGUCCUGGCGUUCUUAGACCACAACUUCUGGGUGUGCACGUACACGAUGAAUGAAUCGAACCAAGGCCAUGGGCGUGUCAAACGCCACUUCUUCCUUCCCCGUGAUUGGAUAAACCUAGACUGGUUGGACCUGGCCAUUAUGCGCCCAGACGGCGUCUUGUUGUGUCCUAGAAAUGGAGAGAUCGCGCUGGUCGAGAACGGUGUCCGUGAAGAGUGGUUGGAUUGA